UUUUCAGUUUUAAACUCAAAAUGGUUUAGCUCAGCUUUUAGUGGCGUUUCAGCCAGCUUCGUUGACGGACGUGUGAAUGCAAUAAUCUCGGCGCCGAGCUGUGUGGUGUAGCAAACAAAAGCGCAAACUACGCGAAUAUCGAAUCACAGACGCGUUUUGUGGCAACCAGCAAGUGACGUACACGCUUGAGUAGUGCCCGCAAGUGCAGUGAGUGGAAAAGCGAACAAAAACGUAAAGGAGACCGAGCGACCGAGCGAGCGACCAACUUAAAGAGCGCGAACUAGCGAGCUGGUGAUUUGCCGCCGCCAAGCGAGUGUUGAGCGUGCCAGCGUUUUGCUUUUUUAGAGCAUUCACAGUGAGGCAAACAAGCGCGCCGGCGUAACAUCAACCAAAUCGAGUAGCUCAAACCUUUGAAUUGGAUUAGUUUUUAGAGUUUCGGUUGUGUCACCGCUUUGAAAGAUUAAAAUAAACGAAAGUGUUUGCAUAAAAAGCAGAUUACUUAAACUUAAACUUGUUGAUCCUUAGAUGCUUAGUUGUGGCGCGCAUUUGUCUAGCAACUGAACGGAAGCGCAACAGACGAAUUUUUGCGAUAUUGGAAAAACUUCGAAGUAGCAAAAAUACUUACUCACAUCGUUAGCUGCGUUUUUGCAAUUUUCGCUUUUCAUGCGAGCCGCGCAAUUAAACGUUGCCUCGCGACUGGUGUUGCAAGUUGCGUGCAAGUAGCAGUUUAUGCAACGCCUUUGUUGUUUUUGUUUUCCAUUUUGAUUUUGCUUUGGAUUUUGCAUCGUUUUAUUGCUGCAAUCGGCUUGGUUGGCUUUUCGCUAUUUCCGCUGUACUUGAAAAGAGUUUUCAAUUAAAAAAUUCCCAAUGCGAAAAGCAUAGAAAAGAUAAUAAUAAACUAAAAGAAGAAAUAAAAUUGUUAAACAAGCAGAAAUAAGAAACGAAAAAGCGGAAUAGAUGUGAAAAUUUUAGUCUGCCUUCAAUAAACAAAUAAAGGAAGAACAAAUAAAAGCGGAAAAUAUUUAGAGAAAAGGCAUCAAGUGAAAAUAAAGGCUAAAAACUAAAACAAUGUGGAUGUAUUGUUGGAUUUUAACAGUGUGUGCGGUUUCCCUUACUACUGUUGUGGAAGGUUCGUGGGGUUCGCCGGGCGAUGGUCAAUAUCAUAUACAAACGGAUGAAGGACCGGAGCGGUACUUUCGCUUCCAAACGGACAAUGGACAAUUUCGUAAGGAACGUCGUCUCCAAGACGGUACAGUUGUAGGCACCGAAGCUUGGAUAGACGCCGCUGGAUAUCUGCGUCAAAAGGACUACAUCGCUGAUAAAGAUGGUUACCGCAUAUUAAAAUCGAAAACCGUCUUUGUUGGCAAUGGCAGACACAUCGAGGAUGCCAUCAAAGCAACCAAAUCUGUGCCAGCCCAGUCCGGCGUUCUUCUUAAUGGUCGCUCUGGACUCCAUCCAUCGAAUAGCGUGACUCAUAUCGAAAAAUCGAAGCAGACCGGCUAUGUCUACUCCACCACCACUACAACGCCUUUGCCGCCUACAAUCGGUGCGCCCGUAGUGGUUCAUGAUCCAGCUUCAGAAGCUUACGAUGGCAAACUGAACUAUCUCUCUCCAGCCGAGGCUGCCAAUAUUGAGCCAUCUGGCAAGCUCGGUUUCGAUCACUAUCCUGAUGAGCUGCCUCGUCUUCUGCAUCGUGGACGCGUCCAUGCUCAGCAUAUUCAUCCGAGUGUAAACUCCUACGAAACUCCAUCUAGCAAUUCGAUAACAGAUUAUAAUCAAAUAACUAAUACCGCAGCAGCCGUGGCGGCGCCGUCUCUACCAUCGCUCGACAUGCAGCCGCCUUUACUCAACAAAGGUGCAACUCGCCAACGCUUGCGUCCGAUUGCCGUCUACGAUCCCAAACCGGCAGCUAUAUCGGGCGAUGAAGCAACCAGCAGCUACGGAUAUUCUUCACCCACACCAUUUGUACCAGCCACAGCUGGAAGUGGGUCCAACGCGAACGGCGGAUAUUAUUACCAACAAUCCGCAACGCAGCCUACACAUGCAGACGCAGCGGCUAAUGCCUUGGAGAUCAAUCAGCUCGAAGGUGGACUGCUGCCACCAUUACCACCGCCGCCGAGUCGCCGUCACCGGCCGGCAGCACUAAGCAGUGGCGCCAGCGAGCCCGCGGAGUACGAUGGAGUCAGUGCAACUGCCAAUGGUUUCCGUUAUUUCCUACCACGCCAAUAUCACGAGGAGGAACAAUUCGGGGACGACAAGCGAGCCGGUAGCUUUGGCUAUGUGGAUCCCUUCGGCAUUCGGCGAGUUGUUUACUACAAUGCAUCGCCCGGCCGUGGGUUUGUCCAUAGAAACAAUAAUCGAUACGUGGGUCUGGGAGCAACUCCCUACGAUGCAGCUGUCUAAGAUGAAGCGAAGUCGCAGCUAUGCGGAACUGCGAAGCUAAGCAACAGAACUCUCAAACUGCGAAAAUAUUUUUACAAAAAAACGCCGUCUUAAGUCUAACAUCAAACAACCCAGGAACCAAUUAACCCAAAGCAGCAAUCAACUAGCCAAAGACAAAGGAGAGACUUUGGAGUGAUGGCUUAGCAAAAUAAAAAUGUUUAUUUAGAAUUACGUUUAAUUACUACUGGCAAACAAAUUUGCCAAAGAAUUGCCAGAGGUGAAGAAAAGAAGUGAUGCGAGAUUUAAGAUGGAAUCGGCCGCCAAUUAUUGCCUGCGAAGGGGUGUGAAAGAUGUGCGCCUAAAUGCGAUGUAUUGUUUGUAUAUUGAGCACACACACACAUGUGUAAAUAUGUGUGUGCGAGUAUGUAUCUGUAACUGUAUUAGUGUGAUUUUAUUUAAAAUAUUAUUAUUUUUUAAACGAAAUGCAACAGCUGUGAGCUGACAAUGAAUAACUGGGGAGUAUACUGGGGUGUCGAACGAAUACGACGAUCGUAAUAAAUAAUUACUUAGUUAAUUAUGUAUGUAUGUAGCUAACGGUAUCACUUUCAUGUAUUAAUCUUGCCAUAUUAACAAAAAUCAAAGAUAAACACAAAGCAGCUAACAUAUUUAAAGGGGAAACAAAAAAAAAUAAAAAUAAAAACACAUAAAAAGCUAAUAAUUAAAUUUAUUAAUUAAAUAAAUAGUACUAGUUGAAAUAAUUUAUCUUAAAUUGUAGCUUUAAACUAAACGUUAAAAUUAAUUUACAAAACUUAUUUAUGUGUAUAUGUGUAUGUGUAUAUUAUAUUUAUGUUAAUGUAAAGCUAGAUGCGAUUAACCUGUGGACGCUAUCGAUUGACAAAUGAUUGCAAAUCGAGUGACAAUUUAUAGUCUUAUAAUUUUAUUACUAAAAACAAAGCGUGAUUAAAUAUAUUUUCUCCACACACACUUCCUGGCCAAUAGAUGUUUAUUGUAAUUUAGUCAAUUUUCCUUCGGCUUCUAAUAACUCUAAUAUUCGACUAACUCACUAGUGGAAACAUUUAAUUAAACAACACAUUUAUUACAUAUAUGUAUCUUAUUUGUAUGUGUACGUAUUGGAAUAUAAAUAAUGGACAUCCGUUGCCAGGAAACCUCCGUUAUGAGCAGAAAAUGUCAAAUCUUGAAUGUUGUAAUAAAUAUUGCGAAAUUAAAACACA